AUGACGCACGCGUGUCCCCAAGGCGAUCGUCCUCCCCCCGUCUGCGGUGGGAGAGGAGCUUCGCCGCAGGAGAUCGGCCGGUGUAGGAGGUUUUGGGGCAACCAGGUGGACGUGGGGGACAACCCUGGGGACGCGCUAGCUGGCCCUUGUCUUCUUGGGAUCACCCAAGUUUUUGUCCCUCAGCUCAUCCUCUUCGGGCUCAGCAACCAGAUGGUGGUGACGUUCAAGGAGGAGAACACCAUCGCCUUCAAACACCUCUUCCUGAAGGACUACGCGGACGGGGCGGACGACUCCUACGCCGUCUACACGCAGCGCGACCUCUACGACCGUAUGUUUUACGCCGUGGAGAAGUACUUGGCCGUUCCCAACGAGACCAUCGGCCGCUACGCCUACGUGCGGGGGGAGAGCGGAGGGAACCAGUCGGCCCUCAUGCUGUGCCAGCAGUACUACCGUAAAGGGCGCAUCGAUCCAGCCAACGACACCUUCAACAUUGACCCCAAGAUUGUCACAGACUGCCUGGGAGUGGAUCCCGAGGACCCACAGCCUCUGCCCCCAGAGCUGGACCGCAGCUACAAGAACUUCACCCUCAAAUUUCACAAACUCAUCAACGUCACCAUCCAGUUCAAGCUGAAAGCCAUCAACAUCCAAACCAUCAUCAACAACGAGAUCCCCGACUGCUACACCUUCACCAUCACCAUCACGUUCGACAACAAGGCGCACAGCGGCCGGGUGAAAAUCCGCCUCGACAACCGGGCUGACAUCAAGGAGUGCAAAGAUCCCAGCGUCUUCGGCCGAGGUGACAAUUCCUUCCGGCUGUUCUUUGACGUCGUCGUCAUCCUCGUCUGCUCGCUCUCCUUCAUCCUCUGUGCUCGCUCCAUCAUCCGGGGCCUGAUGCUGCAGCACGAGUUCAGCCGGUUCUUCCAGCGCCGUUACGACCAGCACGUGUGCUUGUCGGACCGCAUGGAGUUCCUCAACGGUUGGUACAUCCUCCUGGUGAUCAGCGACGUCCUCACCGUGCUGGGAACCAUCAUGAAAAUCGGCAUCGAGUCCAAGAACUUCGCCAGCUACGACGUCUGCAGCAUCCUCCUGGGCACCUCCACGCUACUAGUCUGGGUCGGGGUCAUUCGCUACCUCACCUUCUUCCAGAAGUACAACAUCCUCAUCGUCACGCUACGGGUGGCCCUCCCCAACGUCAUCCGCUUCUGCUGCUGCGUGGCCGUCAUCUAUCUGGGCUACUGCUUCUGCGGGUGGAUCGUCCUGGGCCCGUACCACGUCAAGUUCCGAUCCCUUUCCAUGGUGUCCGAGUGCCUCUUCUCCCUCAUCAACGGGGACGACAUGUUCGUUACCUUCGCUGAGAUGCAACAGAACAGCUAUUUGGUGUGGCUCUUCAGCCAGAUCUACCUGUACACCUUCAUCAGCCUCUUCAUCUACAUGGUCCUCAGCCUCUUCAUCGCCCUCAUCACCGGCUCCUACGAAACCAUCAAGCACCAGUGCGAGGGCGAAGCGCCCGUCUCCCAGCUCCACGCCUACAUCGCCCAGUGCAAGGACAGCCCCAAAUCGGGCAAGUACCGUCGUGACAGCGCCUCAUCCUGCUCCGUCUUCUGCUGCUGCGAGCGGGCUCCUCUACAGGACAACGCGCUGCUGGUGAACUGAGGGGGGGGGACCCCACGGCGCGAACCCCCCGGGGACACGAAGGAGCGGUGCCCCGUGCUCCCCCUGGCCCCGAGCGCUGCUUUUAAUUUAUUUUAUUAUCUGUUUUUACCGGCUCGGGGCCCGGAAGGAGCGGGGAGAGACGGCGCCCGCGUCCCCCGCACCCGGGGGACACUAGACGGACGCUUGUGUGGCCCCGUUAUUUUUCUUGACGGACUUUGGAUCCUGAACUGGAGCCGGGCGCCCCUCGGGGGGGCUCGACAUUGGAGCCCUGUUGACCCCUUGGACGUGAUUUAGGGGGGCAGCCGUGGAGCCCUGAAACCCCACAGAUGUGUUUUGGGGGGGCAGCCUUGGGAGCCCUGUGACUCCUCGGGUGCGUUUUAGAGGGGAAGCCUGGAGCCUUGCAACCCCUCGGACGGUGUUUUUGGGGACAGCUCGGAGCCCUGCAACCCCUCGGAGCCCUAUUUUGGGGGGCUCAUCCCCCAGCCUUGCAACCCUUUGGGCGUGUUUUUGGGGGCUCAGCCUGGAGCCCCCUGCAGCCCCUCGGCCGUGCCGGGGCUGUGGCCGAAGCCUCAUCC